AUGUCAGACCUUACAGACGCCCCUCAGGCUAAUACUGAUACACUUACGACGUCGGCACCAGAUAAAUUGUCCGGAUUCGAAUGGUGGAGGAGAUCAUUACAGUAUAGAACUGGAAUGGGCAUAUCAGAAGAUGAAAAAAAACAGUUUGAACAUGACUACAGAGCUAAGAGUUUACCUAAACAAUGCACCGAUUGCGUGGCAAACCUCGACUGGAUGCUAAAUUAUUCGCCUUCUGUUAUAUUUAUGAUGGACCAUGUAAAGAAAAUUGGUGGGAAUAUUAGCAAAUCCAAUAUUAUCUGCGAUGUUUGUGACGACUAUAAGGGAGGAGGAUUUCAUCCAGAAGGUGGAAUAUUAUUGUGCUCUAACUGGAUCACUGAUAAAUGGCAAUUGGAAGACAUCUUGACCCAUGAAUUGGUGCAUGCAUAUGAUUUCCUCAAGUUUAAAGUAGAUCUCACCAACUUAAAGCACCAUGCGUGUACCGAAAUCAGAGCCUCGAUGUUGAGUGGUGAAUGCCGUAUAUUUAACGAAAUCAAGAAAACGGGGUUAGGUGAUUUUGGAAAGAAGUUCCAGUCUUGUAUCAAAAGAAGAGCUAUCUUGUCAGUUUCAGCUAAUCCUAAUUGUAAAGAUACCCAGGAAGCAGAAAAGGUAGUGAACACUGUAUGGCAGUCUUGUUUCAAUGAUACAAGACCGUUUGAAAGAGUGUAUCGUUAG